AUGGUCCAGGAAAUCUUGAUCGACUCGGACGACUCAGGUUACUCCGAGACCGACCUUUCCAUCCGCGGUCCACGCCGACACACCUCGUUCCGCCGACGAUCAGUGUCGCGCCGCCGCCCAGAACAGUUUCUCUCGCCCGAGAGACAGGGCACGCGCGUAGUGCGAUCGGCGUCGACCGGCGGACGACGGCCCCGCGAGCGCGAGCAGCCGACCGUGAUGAUCAUCAACGACCAGCAGCAGCGCAACGCCCACGACCAGCAGCAACGCAGCGUCAACAAGCCGCGGCGGGUGCAGCAGCGAGUGGUGGAGCAGGACUCCGAGGACGAGUACGUGCAUUCGCCGCGGCGCCACCGUGCCGUGAGCGGCGUCACACGCACUCCAUCGCCCUACCAUCGCGACCAGGAGCUCGUACUGGGACAGCGUUUCCUCGAAAAGAGCGACCACCGCCAUGAGCUGGAGCUCUGGAAACACCAGCAGGAGAUCGAGCGGCUGGAGCGCGAGCUAGAUCGACACCGUGAGCGGGCGGAGCCCCGCGACUGGCGUGAGUCGCGGGCCCUGCGCGAAGAGGAGGAGUGGUACGAGGAGGAGAUCAAUGCGCGACUGCGUCGUCUGGAGCGGCUGGAUCGCAAGAACCGCACUGACGAGGAUCGGCGCCAGGCCGAGUACCGGCUCAAGAUCGAGCGGUUCGAAGAGGCCGAGAGGGAGGCUGCCGAGAAAGAAGAAGUCAAGGCCAAAUUGCGUGACGAAAAGCUCAAGGAGCUGCAACGCCAGAAGGAGGCCGAUGAGGAGCGCGACAGAAUCAAAAAGGAGAUCAAAGAAGAGAAGCUGAAACAGCUGCAGCGCGAGCGUGAGGAGGAGGAAGAGCGCGAGAAGAUGAAGAAGGAGAUCCGCGAUGAAGAGGCCCGCAAGGCACUCGAGGCGGAGGAGGAGAAGAAAAAGGCUCUUCUGGCCAAGGCCGCUGCCGUCGAGGAGUGGAAGCUGGAACAAGAGCGCAAGAAGCAGGAGGAGAGGGAAGAGGCCGAGAAGAGGGACAAGGAGUUCCGCGAGCGACUCCGUAUCGAGUUCGGCUACACCGAGGAGGAGAUCGAUGCAUUCCUCAAGAAGAAGAGGAAGGACGAAAAGAAAGAUGAGAAGGACGACAGAAAGGACGACGAUGCGAAGAUGACUUGGAUCAAGGUCCAUCGCAAGCACCUGCUCCCAGAGACCCUGAUUGCCUACAGUAUUCCGUGGGACUGGGACGAGCGUGACAGCAACUAUAUCAUCAUCAAGCGGUGGAUCACCGAGGACUUCCAAGAAGAACUCUUCUCCCACUCCCGGCGCCUGCGCGAGGGCAAGGUUCUGACCCAAACCUCCAGCUCGCUGACCGAGCUCAAAGUCAACGACCGCAACAAGGACAAGAUGUACCUCAUCCGGAAGAAGAGUCCUAGCCGGCGCCUGCGCAUCUUCUAA